UGUUACUGUGCCGCGUUUGGAAGCUGUCAAAGGGAAUUUCAAUUUGUUAUGGGGAAUGCAUGGUCGGAGCAUUGACUCAGACAGUCUGUAGGUGGAGAUGUUCCGCAGGGUGCUGGGGAAGACCUUGGGGUUUGUGGGCUACACAGUCCAGUAUGGCUGCAUCGCACAUUGUGCCUUCGAAUACAUCGGAGAAUUUGUGGUGUGUUCUGGUCCAUCCAUGGAGCCCACCAUUGUCAACCAUGAUAUUGUCUUCUCAGAACGGAUGAGUCGUCAGCUUUGCAGAAUACAAAAGGGUGACAUAGUAAUUGCAAAGAGUCCAUCUGACCCACAUAUCAACAUUUGUAAAAGGGUUAUUGGACUGGAGGGUGACAAAGUCUGCACAAGUUCUCCGUCAGAUCUCUUCAAGUCCCACACAUACGUUCCAAAAGGCCAUGUAUGGCUAGAAGGGGAUAACCUUAGGAAUUCCACUGACUCAAGGAGCUAUGGCCCAAUUCCCUAUGCCCUCAUCCGAGGGCGUGUUUGCUUGAAGCUCUGGCCGCUGCAUAGUUUUGGGACCCUCAAUGAAAGCCCAACCAGACGGAUCGUUAAAACUCAGAGUGACUCAGACUCAGACUGACUCAUUCACUUUGUUUGUACUGUGCGUCGCUUUUUUCCCAAUCAUUUUUGAAUAAAGCUGAUAUUUAUUUAAAAU